GUCGCGCGUGCAUCUCAUUGUGGUUUGUUGGUUCGUGCCUUCACAGAUUCUGUGAGGGUGGUUGUGUGCACGUAGACACGACCUGGCACGUAAUUCCGUGGAUUUCUCGACCGUUAUCAUGUCCUCAGGUAAGAAGAACAAGAAGAAGAAGGGGGUAACCCUCGAUCUGAUGUCAUUUCUGGCCGAUGGAAGUGGGCCGACUGUUAAUGUACCGAUGAAAUCUUCUAAUUGGGCUGACGAUGUGGAGGACGAUCAUGAGGGAUUUUCAUCGAGGAGCAGUAAAGAUCCAGUUAUACUGCCAACUGCUCCAAGAGCUGCACGAGGACCUGGUAUUGAUGAGGAAAACAUCCCUACAAAUCCUCCCUAUGUAGCUUACAUAAGCAAUCUGCCAUAUGACGUAGAUGAAACUGAUCUGGCAGAUUUUUUUGCAGAUAUGAAGAUUUCGAGCAUGCGUUUGCCAAAAGAUGCAAAUAAAAUUAAGGGCUAUGGUUACGUCGAGUUCGAGGAUCGACAGAGUCUAAUCGAUGCUCUUUCUAUGACAAAUACGACCAUUAAGACGAGACGAGUGAGAAUUGAAGUCUCAAAUAGCACGAAUGACGAUCGUCGAGGUGGUAGGAUGGGUAGGGACAGUCGUCGAGACAAUUACGAUGAUCCAGAACGCACGUCUGGCGACUGGAGGAGUGGGCCGCGCGAGGACCUGGACGGAGAUUCCUAUCGUAGCCGAUAUGAUAGAGAUCGCUUUGAUAACAGAGAUCGACGAGACGAUCGAGAAAGACACGAUUACGAUAACAAGCCAGGUGCAUGGCGCGAGAGGGACAGCAACGAUAAAGGAUCCUCGUUUAGAGAAAGGGGUUUCAGAGAUGAUAGCAGGGACAGAAACAGAGACUGGAACCGUUUUGGUGAUAGAGGAAGAAGUAAAGAUAGAGACGGGGAUAGGAGCAGCAGUUUUGGGCCACGUCGCAAUUAUGGUGAUUCCGAUUGGGAUCGCGAUCGUCGACAAGAUCAAGAUGCAAAACCCGAGUCACGGCAAAGACCGAAACUGCAACUACAGCCUCGAACGAAACCUGUCGAGCCCAUCGUGGUUGGCGAAGAUUCGACAGCUAAGGACAAUACAACGGAGUCGACGAAAUCAACGGAGAGUUCGGAAUCGACUCAACGACCGCCAGUUGCCACGCCCGUACAAGCGGCAAAUAUUUUCGGUGCUGCGAAACCUGUCGAUACCACUGCCCGCGAACGAGAGAUCGAAGAGCGUCUCGCCAAGUCUUACGCGGAAUCACGAUCCCGAGAAGAGUCGGAUACUAAGGAACGCAAAGACGGCACUUGGGGUCGACGUAAUGGCGAAGGACGCGACGACAAAGAUAAAGACAAAGACAAGGACAAAGAGAAGGAAAGAGGGCGAUCAACUUGGCGAUCAGAAGAAGAUAGAGGCGCUCGACUUGAGAGAUCCGCGCCACGAUCUCAACCAACUCCCACUCGUUCUGUCGACUUAAUUUCCGAAGUAGAGGAGCAAAGUGGUUCCAAAGCAUCAUCAACCUCGCGUUCUGGACCACCAACAUCCAAAGGACCUCAAAAAUCUGUUGAGAAGGAUACUCGUGCAGGAGAAAGAGAUCGCAAAGACAAAGAGAAAGAUGAAAUUAGUAGAAUGCCGAAGGCUAAGGACGAACAAGCUCCAAAUUUUGUAGCUUCCAACAAGUAUUCCAUGCUACCUGAUGAUGUGGAUCCCGACAAUAUCGAUGAAUAGUCUUAAUUGAUUACAAUUUUACAUCACACAUCGACUAAAUUGUGCCACAUGCAAUAUACAAUUAUGCAUAUUAUUAUUUGUUUUACUUCUAAUAUUGCAUGGAUUUGUCGUAAGCUACGCGUUGCGCUCUUGGUAUUACUUUAUUGGAAUUAUUGUUGAUUUGUAUUUAAUCUCUAUUUUAAUAUUCUCAAUAUAACACUAUAUUUCUAUAUCAACUUAUAUAUUUACUUCAAAUUUCGGUACGAAAAAUUUUGGCAUUGUUGAACUGCAAUGUCAUAAAUUUCUCGUGCUUAUUGAAUGAUCACAUAUAACUUUUUGUAUGAUUCCAAGAAUAAUUACACUGUAUAUGGGGUGCAGCAAUUGGUACUUUAUACAUCAUACUUAAUCCGCUGUACAGUAAUUGUACGAUAUGUGACUUGUUUACAUGUAAUAUAACAAUGCCAAUAUAGAAGGAAAUUAAAAUAAUAAGUACAUGGGAACACAAA